ACGUUUUAAUUCACUGCUGCUGCUGGGAUGCUGUGUUUGAUCUGAGUCAAAUGAGUAAUCUUACUUAAUAUUAACUUGCGAUCUGUGUAGAUAUGGCAUCACAGGAGACAAUCCUUCGGUAUUCGCGCUGUGGAUAAUGGUAGGUCCUUUCACCCAGUUUCUGCUUUCUCGGAAGUGAAAGCCUAAUAUUAUCUGUCAACAUUAGCACCUUAGCCAGCUGCUGCACCAAGGGGAUCAACCUCAUCACUGCAGUACAAUCACGAGGAGUUGGAAAAGGGGAAAGGAAUGUUGCAACUAACUAGCUAAACCAGUGUAUAUGUAAACAAUAGCAUUUCAGUGGUGAUGUAAAGCCUUUGUGUUCGGUCCUGGACUUGUGAGAGAUCCUCAUGAAAAGGAUGCUGCUAAAGGUGCCUCAGAAGCUGCUGAAAACUGCCCACUACAUCGAGCUGGGCAGUUAUCAGCACUGGCCCGUACUCAUACCUCAGAGGAUACGACUGUACACGUACGAACAAAUCCCUCCAUUCCUCAAGGAGAACCCCUACAUCACCGACGGAUACCGGGCCCACCUGCCCUCCAAACUCUGCCUCAAGAGCAUUUUCAUCUUGUCCAAUGAGACGGUGAACAUCUGGAGCCACCUGCUGGGCUUCCUUCUCUUCUUUUCACUGGCAGUCAAUGACCUGUGCACUGUGUUGCCCUCCUCCGGAGCCAACAGAGAGGACUAUGUCAUCUAUGCCAUUGGGUUAUUCUGCUUCCAGGUGUGCAUGCUGUGCUCGGUGGGCUACCACUUGUUCUCGUGCCAUCGCUCAGAGAAAACCUGCCGACGGUGGCUGUCGCUGGACUACGCAGGGAUUUCAGUGGGCAUCCUGGGCUGCUAUGUUCCCGGGAUCUUUUACGCCUUCUACUGUGACGCUUUCUGGCGACAGGUCUACCUGAUGACCGUGCUGUCCCUGAUCCUGGCUGUGUUCUCAGCUCAGGUGCACCCUCACUAUCUCAGCAAUGACUGGAAGAGAAUCCGCAUGGCCAUCUUCUGCUGUGUGGCCGGGGUCAGUGUGGUGCCUGCCUGCCACUGGGUCUGCCUCACCGAUGGACUAACUUCUGAUAUCGUGCAGCUGUUUCUGCCUCGAGUAUUAAUCAUGUACCUGAUCGCUGCAUCGGCUUUCCUCUUUUACGUCACAAAGAUUCCUGAACGUUACUUCCCAGGCCAGUUGAAUUACCUGGGUGCCAGUCACCAAGUAUGGCACGUCCUGGUAGUUCUGAUGUUCUACUGGUGGCAGACGGCCGUGUACAUCAUGAGGUUCAGACACAGCCAGCCGUGCCCAUCCCAGAGGAGGAGCAGCUAAGUUAAGUCAACAUAUCACAUCUCAUACACUACCAGUCAAACGUUUAGACACACCUUUUCAUGUGUUGUGUCUUUAUUCUUAUGCCUAUUCACAUUGUAGGCAUUACAGCUGUGAAUGAACACAUAUGGAAUGUAGUAAACAAGAAAGUAUUUAAUAAAUCAAAACAUAAUUUUUAUUUUUUAGAUUUUUCAAAAAUAGCCAUCCUUUGCUUUGAUCACUGUUUUGCUCACUUCUGCUAUUCCACUGAUGGACCCUGACAAGGCACACACCUGUGAAGUGGAAUCCAUUUCAGGAGACUUCAUCAUGAAGCUCACUGAGACAAGGCCAAGGUUUUGCAAUGCUGUCAACAAAGCAAAGCGUGGCUGAAGCAACUUGGGUUCUUUUUAAAGACAAUACAGCUGGAGAUCCAUUUACCUCAUUGACAUGUUUGGGCUGCUAGCUAAUGUGUAAUGUGUGAAAGAAGACACAAUUGACGUUUUUUAAUUAGUAAAGGGUGGCUUAUUUGAGGAAUCUGAAUCUAACAUAUAAAUCAUAUUAUAUUAUUUAAAAAUAUAGGGUUAUUUAUUUAUUUAUUUAUUGCUACAUCACAUUGAAGGUGUGUCCGAACUUUUGACCUUGUAGUGUACAAAGCCAACUGAUUGUGUAAGAUAAGUGGAGGCCAGUAAUAGCAUGAAAGUAUUGGUACAGAUUCAAGGUCAGUAUUGGUGAACCCAAUGAAUAUUCCACAAAAUCUGAUAACUCGAGCACUGAACAAAAUGGAAAAUACAAAUCAACUUUAUAAACAAUGCAUGAAUUGAAAUAUUAAUGUAUAACGCAUAAACCUUGAUGUUUUAAUCUUUUAUUUGAUACUGCAUUUUUGUACAUAUCGAACAAUAUAUUUUCAAAAGGUGAAGAAAUCAGUUUUGCCUGAAUUUUUGUGUGGGAGUUUGAGUUGCAGGUACAAAUGACAAAAAACUGGCAUAAAACUGAGAAAAAAGAUAUAGCUUUAUGGCAGUUGAAGAGUAUAUAGUGGCACUUACUUAUAUCUGUCCUGAAAAUAAAAUUGAUAUCACAAUCACACAAAUAUGGAACAUUUAGGCAUGCAAAUGUAAUGGCCAACCCUGCUAGUCAAUGAAAUUGUCAAUGAGGUUUUGAAUCAUUUUAAAUAGCCAUGAGGUUUGGGUGUUUUUGUUUUGUUUUUUUGAACGUCAAAGCCCUCAAAAUGUCAUCUUUACAUAGGAAACUGAAAUCUACGAAUGCAUUAAGAGAAGACUAUCUACAUUCUCAACAUAUCUAAUGGGACAUGGGACACAGCAGUUAACCUAGCAUUUUUUCAUCUAUACAUGGAAUAUAAGAAUUCAGUUGAAUUCUGAUGAAACUGUCACAUAAGAAAGUUGUCCACUGACUGUAGUUCACUUCACUGUAGACAGGUGGCAUUGUCAUCUAUUUUAAUUGCUGUUGAAGGGGAAAAUGAGCAGGGACUGCCCAAAUCUAUCAUGUUCUUGGCUUUAGGAUCAUGGGGCUGAAUGUGCUGGUCAUGAAUCUCUAAAGAAUGAUUUUACUGUAAGUUUUAUGCAUGUUCUCUGCCUUAUUUCAUGUUUGUACGGGUGUAAAUAAUAUACAAUGUGACUGACUUGUUUGGAAUUACUGUUACACCACUUCUGAUGAGCCGAAAACCAACAACCAGGUGCUACAAGAACAAGACGUUUAUUUUGACUGUGUGAAAUCCUAUUGGUUUGACUCUCAUGAACUGCUUGAAUCAUUGUUUUUGUGCUUUUGUUUUUGACUGGUGAAAUGCUAGCACAUGAAAUAUUCACAUAGGAUAAAGUAUAAUAUUUAUUGGAGUGCCUAUGUAAAAAUCUAUUUUUAAAUACCUGGGGAUGAAUAAAGAAGAAUGCUGUACAUA